AUGGAGGGAGUUGGGGAUGAGAGUGCCUCGGCGGCAUCACCUGUCAACAAAUGGAUAUUUGACAUGUCGAGGCUCUAUCAGUAUUAUCUGGAUAAGACUACUCCUCUUUCAGUCCCAAGAUGGGUCGGAACUCUUGCUUUGGUCAUUGUUUAUGCGCUGCGGGUUUAUUAUAUUCAAGGGUUUUACAUCAUUUCAUAUGGUCUUGGGAUCUAUAUACUAAAUCUUUUGAUUGGAUUUUUAUCACCAUUGACUGACCCUGAGAUGGAGGCUUCAAGUGGGGCUUUACUGCCGACAAAGGGUUCAGAUGAAUUCAAGCCUUUCAUUCGCAGACUUCCUGAGUUUAAGUUCUGGUAUUCUUUCACAAAGGCUUUCUGCAUAGCAUUUGUCAUGACCUUCUUCUCUGCAUUUGAUGUCCCUGUCUUUUGGCCCAUACUACUUUGUUAUUGGAUUGUUCUGUUCGUCCUAACAAUGAGGCGUCAAAUUGCGCACAUGAUCAAAUACAAAUAUGUUCCAUUCAACAUUGGGAAGCAGAGGUAUGGCGGCAAGAAACCUUCUGCAAGCAGCAGUGGCCGGAAAGACUGA